CUGGAGACGAGCUAAACACUGAUUCCUUUCUGUGCGUAGAGAAUCCGAAACCCAGAGAUCGCGAUCGGGAUUGCGGACGGAUUUUGGUACUCGGAUUGCACUGUGAUUUGUUCAGCAGGAGGAAAUAGGCGCAGUGUGUGUCAAUGGAGAAAAUGCGGGUCUUUUAGCGGAUCUGAUUAUGCGGGCUGUAGGAGGGACUGAAGACGUUCUGCUGGAGAACAUCAUCGGUUCUGCAAAAUACCACCGAGCUGAGAGGCCACCAUGGUGGACCCACUGGAGGCUGAAGACCAGAGUAAAAUCAAAGGCCUGUAUUCCACUACCCCUGCUGCUGCCUCAGAAGCCCAGUGUCUACCUGAGCAGGAAAUGGAGAAGAAAGACGAAGAAAAAGAGUCCAGUGUGCCUGGCAGUCCAGAAAAAGAACAACAGUCAGAGCCUGAACAAAGCCCUCAAUCAAGCGAAGGCCACAAGCUACCCAGCAAUAAACCAGAAGGUCCAAAGCUGCAUCUGGACUUGUUUAACUUCGACUCUCCGGUUGCAGAAGGCAGUCGCUACGUGCUGACCAGCCCUCGGUCACUCGAGGCAUGUGCUCGAUGUGGAGUAAAACCGGUCGAACUUCUGCCUCGACCACUGUCCGAUUUUGCACGCGAGGCACCUGGCCAUAGCAUGCGUGUAGCCACUGGGAUGUUUGAAGUGUAUGAGAGGGACAGGCAUGCCAAACUCAGACAGUGCAGAGAGGAACAGGAAAGGAUAGUUCAAGAGGAGAAAAAGAAGAUCCUUCAGGCAGCAGUCAACAACGGGAGCAAAUUAGCAGAUUCUAAGAAUAAGGAUAAAGAAACAAUCAAGACGGGGGUAACUCAGCAAACCAGUCAUAGUUCUGUAAACAAAAUGCCACCUGCAGGCCAGGGUCCAUUAAAAACACAUGCCACAAGUUCACGGUCCACCUCUAAAAACAAACAGUCCUCAGAACAGUUGGCAAAAGUUACCCCCCAAUGUGCAAGCUCGUCUGCGAAAUCUAGUUCAGGUCAGACUUCCAUAGUUCAGACUGGUCACACUGGUAAAGGGACGUCUGCAAAGCAGCAGAAGGCGUCUGCUACUGAUGCUCCAUCUGCAAAAUCAGCAGAAGCACCAGUAUCCAAAAAGCCAAAUAAAUCUGCAAAUACCUUCCCUAGAUCAGCACCAAAGCAGUCAUCGUUUCCAAGGAUGCCAGCAUCACUUGCACCAAUAGUUUCAAAAUCAGCAGCACAAAGUCCAGCCAAUGGUAUGACUGGUCUUUUUGGUCAGCCCAAUGGCCACAUCAUGGCCACGUCAAAACUGAGAGCGAGGAGCCAUUCUUUAGAGUCUUUACAAAGGAGACGGGAAGCGGUUGGUUCUUCUACGACUUCCACAACCACCACAGCAACAACCACAUGUGCCUCUUCAGAGUCUGCAUCCUCCUCCUACAGCUGGGACGGUGCACGGGAUCACUGGGGUAAAACCUCCAGCCCACGUGCUCGCACCUUAGCUACCUUCAACUCCCUAAUGGGUCGAAGCUUAAGCUUGGGAGAUUUGAGCCACUCCCCACAGACCACUCAGAAGGUAGAACGAAUCAUAAAAGAGGUCAAGCGUAGAGGCCUCAAAGCCGUGCCAGAACGUGACCGUAAAAUUGCAGCAUUGAUGCUGGCCAGGUACCAGGAAGAAGAUAUCAUGAGUCAGACACGCUACGUUGCUCAUCUGCAGUGGGACAGCGAACGCCGGGUGGAGGAGAUUCGACGUGAGCGUGAAGACAGAGAGAAACAACGGGCAGUACUUCAGUGGCAGCGAGCAUGGCAGUCGCAAGUCUGCACCAGGCAGCGCAAACUCAGCCUGCAAGAACGGGAGGCGGCAGCGACUAAGCUUAGGAAAGUGGCCGAGAGUGAGGAGCGUUGGCGGGAGUUAGCUGAGCAACAAGAGCGAAGCAGGUUGCAGAAACUUCAACAGGUUGCUCGUGAGGAGAAGCUGAAGAAGGCCAUGCAGGAGCAGAACCUUAAAACACUCGAGGAAGAGCGAGCGGCAAUGGUGGAACAUGAAAAGCUGCUUCUCAGGGACAAACUAACCAUAGCAGAGCUGAAGAGGCAGGAGCGGGAGCACCAGAUGCUGGAAGAGCUUCGUGGGCUCAACCGUGCCGAAAAGCGGCGCCAUACAGCCCUCAUCCAGGAGAUUGAGCGUCGCGAAGCGGAUGAGCGCGAAGAAGCUUGUAGGACGGCUAAACUAAAGCUGAAUCGCACGCUUGAGAAUUAUGAACAGAUUCAAGAGCGACGGGGGCAAGAACUACGGGAGAAAGCUAAGCGUGAGGAACAGCAGAUCCAGAAGGCAAGAAAGAUUGCUGAGCAGCGUGAGAGGCAGCUAAAAGAGCAAAUGGAGGCCAAAGCAAAGGAUGCAGAGAAGCGGGCGCUGCAAGCCACCCUGGUCGCAGAGGAGAGGGCUCGGGAAAAAGCCCAGCGUGCUGUCCAGAGCAGGACGGAGAAGGAGCGCCUACAGAGGCUGAAUCGUCAAAGGGUAGAAGAAGAAGAGAAGAAAAGACGUCUAGAGUUGCUACAAUCGAUUGAGCGCAAGCUGGAGAAGAGUGAACAGAUAUUCCGCGAGAAACGUGCCGUGUUAGAAAGCGCCCGUUCGGUUGCACGAGCUUCCUUCCACGUCCGGGACAAGGUCAGAGAAGAGACCAACAUGCGAACCUUUGACAAAAUGGUCUUGGAGGCACAGUUGAAGGCUAGUUUGGAUGAGAAGUGAGACCCCCCUUGGAAGCCUGUUUGUAUUCUAGGUCCACAUACUGCUGGAAAUGAGCAGCUUGAUCCACCGUGGCAGCUUCAUUGCUGAGAUAGACCCACAGCCUUGCUGGAAAUCUUCAUCAUAUCAGUUUGCAGAUUCAUUUUCCCAUGAAUGAAACAUAUUCACUUUAUCAUCUCGUCUCAGUGCUUAACGGUUUGGUUUGGAUGAGUUGCUUGCUGUGACAUGCUUGUUUUUGUAUCGUAGCGGUCUUAGCCCUAAGUUUUGCUAGUUGUUACAUCUUUGAUGGCUUGUUUUGUUGAAUAACAAAUGAUCGUGCUGACUGCAUUAAAGACAGAACUGAAUAUAAGCAGUCGAAAAGACUUUCGUUUCAAGAACCUGAUCCUGCUGAUGGUAAACCAUGACUUGCCUACGUGUGUUAAAACACUACAGAGCUGAUGAAGCAACAUGACAAAGACUGAUCUCAGCACAGCUGAGCCGCUGAUAAAGCACUAAAGUCUUGGUUCAGCAUCAGGAUCCCUGGACCUGCACUGGCGUUCUGCAUUCGUUCAGAACAUUCUUAAACAGGUUAUUAAUUACAUAAGAGUGAAGAUGAUGAAGAUGGUACCAGUUCUAACCACGAUGAUCACAUUUCCUAAUCUGGACUCUGGAGAAUCUUAUCUGAUGUACAAAUACAGUCAGGCAUUGAGCAGAAUGAAAUUUUAACUCAGCAGUUUUCUUUACAUUCUAUCCUGACACCAUUACAAACAUUCUGUUUCUGAGUUUCUGUUACAGUUUUAAGGUUGUCCACCUGAAAUCAAAAAAGUGCUGGGUGUAGGGAAGUAUAAUCUCUAUAUCGUUCAUCAUGCUUUAACUGUUGCAACAAAGGCUAUUUCCCAAACGUAGAGUUAAGAAUGUGAAUAUAAGAUACUGUAUAAGACAUUAAGAUAAAAAUACAAAUUGGGACACAUUUCUAAACAACUUACAUUGGCAUGGUGUUAGUUACACACUAGCAGCACAGACAGAAUAUGCCAGGUGAUUAUUAGUUGGGUGUUUUACUGUUUAAUCUACCGCCACAAUGACAUGCUUUUUUUUCUGCACAGACUUAAACUAAUUUAAAUUCUCAAGAAACGAUUAGGAAAAUAUUUAGUUUAUAUCCAACACAGAAAGAUCAUGGGACUGCACAAGCAAAAACUCACGAUAAUCUUAUUUAUUACAACACAGUACUGGUUUUGUGAACUUGACUCUCUGUAUAAAUGAUAAAAGAAAAUAAAGUCUAAACUUUUUCAUGAA